UAUGUCGUGCUGGCCUUGCGGAGAUUCCGUGACCCUGACUCACCUGCACGUCCGUCACCCGCUCGAGAACUCUGUACACCUCGUCAAAAUGUCUUGGUUUGGAGGGAAUUCCGACAAGAAGAUGCAAGAUUGUUUGUUCCAGUUGAAAUUCUGUGAGAAGCAGAUGGAAAGACUCUCAAAGAAAGCUGAGAAAGACCAAAAGAUUCAAGAAGGCAAGAUCAAGAAGGCUCUCCAGCAAGGAAAUGUGGAAGGAGCAAAAAUCUAUGCUGAAAAUUCAAUAAGAAAAAAGAAUGAGUCUUUGUCCUACUUGCGUAUGGCAUCUAAAGUGGACGCUGUGCAGUCAAGAAUUCAAUCCACAAUGGCCAUGAAGGGCAUCACAAAAAAUAUGGGUUCUGUGGUGAAGGCUCUUGAUCAGGCCCUCAACUCCAUGGAUCUACAGAAAGUGUCUUCAAUCAUGGACAAAUUUGAAUCACAGUUUGAAGAUCUUGAUGUGAGAACUUCAGUACUGGAAGACAGCAUGGGAGCUGCCACAACCCUCUCCACUCCAAAAGAAUCAGUGGAUGCUCUCAUUCAGCAAGUUGCAGAUGAGGCUGGCUUGGAGGUGAUGGAUCAAGUGAAUGCACAGGCCAUCCCCAGCACCACACUCACCACUGGAGAGCGCACCACAGACCAGGAGGACCAACUUAAUAGACGCCUCGCUGCACUCAGAAAUUAGAGUCCCUCUUAUAAUAUAGAAUCUGAAAAAUGAUGGACAGUAUUGUAAAAGCCAGUAGAGACAGUCUUUGGGUCCUGUUAAUGGCUGCUCAGAUCAUUCAAGUGGCACAUCCCUUUCCAAGAUCUCUCACCCAUUGGCCAUUUGGUUGGUCAUCUUAACAAGUAAUACCCACUUCCAAAUCUUCACCCGUGUAAGUGGCCAUCAUGGAUCAGCCCAGUCCUUCCCUUUCAUGUUUGAUGUAUAUUUUUGUUUAUCAAUUUAUAUAUAAAUAAUAUAAAGUAAAAUCUUUAUAUGAUAAAUAUAUUUAUAAUAAUUACAGUAAACUGUUUUAUAUUCAGCAAAUUUUCAUAUUGUUCCUUUGGGCACCUAUCAUUACGGGUGAAGAAGUUUUCAAAGCUCAGGCCUUGGCCAUCUGUAAAAGCUGAUGGCCUUGCAUGUUGUUUCUUAAAACAUUAGUGAGGCACUUUACCAAUAACUUGAAGAAAAUAAAGGAUUCUUAAGUCUAAGUUAGACAGGACAAGUUUUAUUACUUAAAGAAACUAAUGUUUGUUGGCUAUGAUUUUUUAAGUAUACUAUACACAGUCACGUAUGAAAAGAAUUCAUAGUUUUAAAGUUUUGAUAUAUUAAUGAUGGUUGUACUUUAUUGCGGUAGAAAGGAUGCACGUUUCCUAAAUCUUUGAUCCUGGCCAGACGAUUUUGUUUGUAUCGAUGUAUUUCACAUACCUUGGUAGCGUAGUUCAAAACAACAGCAAGUCUCGCGAGGAAGUCUUACAGCGGAUUGGAUUGGCCCACAGUGUUAAGGACUUGUUCAGCACGAGUAUAUGGCAUUGUCAAUACCUAUGUAGGACAAAGAUUCGGAUCUUCAAGUCCCUUGUGCUCCUUGUCUUACCCUAUGGGUGUGAGACAUGGACACUUAAUAGGGACUUGGAGAUGCAGAAAGUUUGGUGAUAAAUGUCUACACAGAACCAUGGAAUACCUGUGAAAUGACUUUGUGUCAAACCAGCGACUACUCUGAGAUUGAUUUGACCUAUAUUACCUGCAUAGUCCAUCAACACCAACUCUGGCUGUAAGGGCAUGUGGCAUGUUACCCAGAAGCUGACCCUGCUCAUUGGAUUAUCAACCCCCAUUGAUUGAUUUUGAUGAAUUGACUCAGUUGGCCUCCUCCUCCCAGAGGUAAAAUUAGACUAGUUUUUGUGUGUUCAUAUUUUUAAUGAAGCUUUGAAACCUCUCUUACAGUAUUUUUUUAUUGAUAUAAAAGUUGUCAUCAUUAUUUAAUUGAAACACACUUUUACUACUCCCUUCUGAAUAAUCAGUGCCAUUUGAAAUGUCAUUUCAAAAGUGGGGGCAAUAAAACAAUCUUUUCAAUUACAGUAACAUGAAAGAUAAAACAGACAUUGCUAUGCUCUGUAACACACCAAUGAGUGGUCGGUUUCACUUGUAUGUUGCUAUGGGUCCCCAAUGUAAAGGUGACAAUGGCAUGCAAUCAGUAUAUUCACAUCACAAUAACACUGACUUUUCUUAGCUUCACUCAUCUUUCUCCACCUCUCGUACUCCCCCAAGCAUAAUGCAUAAUACACAUUGUUAGGUGUGUGUGUGUGUGUGUGUGUGUGUGUGUGUGUGUGUGUGUGUGUGUGUGUGUGUGUGUGUGUGUGUGUGUGUGUGUUAUUUCUUUUCAUGUUAAGCUGCAGUAGUGGGUAGUGCUGUGAGUGAAUCUAUACCACAAACUCAAAUUACCAGGAAACAAAAGUGAACCUGCAGCAGAGCAGAGGAUGUACCUUCCAAGGUGUAGAUUUUUCUAGAAAAAUCUCUAAAAUUAUACCCAUGUUACUACCUGAAAUAAAACUGUUUCCCAAAAUAUGCCACUGAUGACAAUAUACAUAAUCCCAUAUACACCAUCUUGUUAAGACUGGAAACUCAUAAUAAGGCUAAAAGCAACAGGGGCUGGCUUGUGGUUGUGUUACUAAACCAACCACACAAAAAUUGUAGGAUGGUUUAACUUGUGGAGUGCAAGUCACAGCUUGGGCUGUGCUUAGUUCAAAUGUCUCAAAUGUUGCCACCACAAUAGGCAUAAAAUAACCCUUAACACUGUGUAAGGGAAACCCUCCUUAUCCUGCCAUGCCCCCACCCUCAGUACACCAAUAGGCAAUAUGGGCAACAGAAAUUAAUUGCCACCGUCUGACAACCCCCUCCCUUUCCUACAAUUGUGAUGUCUAAAAUUAUGUUGUAGGUAAAAACAUUAUUGAAGGAAAUGCCAGUAACCCUUAAGCUCAUUCAAAUUGUAGAAGUGAUAGUGAACACAAAAUACCAAGUGGAAAGUAGGGAAAAGUAAAAUGUGCAGAGAGGAGAGAGCAAAGGGGUGAGGCCUCCCCCACCCCUGCCACUGCUGCUUCCCAGUCCCCACCACUACCAGUGUAAUACAAUACUGUAUUGAUGAAAAACAAAAACAGCCAAAAAUUUAAAUCUAUAUAAUAAAUAGAUAUCACAUUAAUGUAGAUAUACCUAAGUUAAAAACAUGUAUAACAGCAAAACCGCCUUAUACCACGUCCCCCGUCCCUUCCCCACAGCCCGUUACCUGCCAACUGCUGUGCCUCACUGCCUUCUCCCACCCACAUACACAACCUUAUGAAUAAGGCUACUCAAAGAUGGAGAUGGUUUUCUUUCCACCAGAUGAUACCCUAAAGUUUAUAUUAAAAAUAUUAAAAAAAAAUAUCUUCAUAUAAUUUUUUGGCAGUCUCCUCUGGUCAAGGGUUCUGUUGGCCAAAUUUUCUUUACUGACAGUUUGCUGAUUUCAGUAUAUGCUAUGUAAAUUUAUAAAGUGAUGACUGUGGCAAGAUUUCAUGACUGGACAAAAAACAUAGGACUCGAAACCCUUGAGUGAGGGUAAUAUUAACUGAGUGCAGUACAUGCAGAGCCCCAGUUCCAUGGCAGUCCUGCUGACAACUGACUCUUUAGCUCUCAUCUGUUUAACUUAAAUACUAAGGUAAUGAAAUUCGGGUAAAAUAAGUAUGAAGUGAAGAAAUUUUGGCCAUGUCUGAGGUGGUGGAGUAUGUUUGUAAAAUGCUCCAGUGAAAAAAUAUCUACCAAUACUUAAAAUUUAUAUGUCUUUGCUGCCCUGAGGGACAUAGUCUAGGCUCGUUCUGUUGUCCACUGAUUAUUUGAUCAAUGACAGCACUUUCUUUUUUGCUCAGCCCUUGGUAUAUCCCAGUCCUGAAGUUUACAAGUCACAAAAUUAUGAUUAUGAUCAAAAUUAUGAUUGAUAGCAUGCUUGGUUAGUUUACUGCACUUACCUUUACUGUUCACUAGUUUACUUAAAUUCAUAUACAAAAUGCAGCUUUAGGCCAAGUCUUUAUAUAUCAGAUUCUUCACAUUGUUGAGUAGAGAUAAAAGAAUGUUGAGAAACCAUGUUUCCUCUAUUGAUGUUUUAAUACAAUGCAGUUUUACCUUCAUGUGUUUCUGAGAAACUUAUAUAAUCCCUGUAUUGUUCACUGAAAUGGUGUACUUGAUUUUUUUUGUUAAUACCCUUACUAGUGAAUGCUAAAAGUAUCAUCAAGGUAACCAUGUAAAAAUAUUACAUAUAUAUUUUUUACUUGAGUGGAUUCUGUAAAGCUCAUCUUGCUAUUUUUAACAUACACUGUAUAUUUGUACUUUACAUAAAACACCAGCAUGUGAUUGCUGUUACUUAAGGUACUAUCAGGUAUGGCUGGUGAGGAACAAGUUUCUUUUUAUCACAACACUGCCAGAUCCAUUGAGCUUUGACAAACUGAAGUGCUGGGUUAUCAUUUAAAGCCUGUAAAGAAAAGAAAAUGUCCCAAUGUAUUUUGUUUUACAUUAUUUACAUACUUGUAUUUUAAUUAAAAUAUGUAUAGCAAUAUAUAUUAUACUGAUCUUUUGAUUAUAUUUUACAUUUAAUCACAGAAAAAGUAUUGUAAGAAGAUUAAUGAAACUAGUAGUGAAAGAUCUUCAUUGCUUUUUUCAUAUUCAUGAAGCAUCUUCUAAAAAAUCAUUAAGAAAUUUUUAAGGUGCUACAAAAGUGUUGAUAAAACUAAAAUAAUCAGAAUGAUUAAAUACUUUCAUUGCGAAGGUUAUGGAAAGGGCAAGUUGGUUGUGCGUGGAAAAAGCCAAAAAGAUCAAAGUCGAAACAAGCCGAGUUAUUUUGCUCAGUUGUUCAUAAUAUGAAGGAUGUCUGUGUGAUGGCUCAUUAGGGGCAACAUGCAACAGUGUUGAUGGACGGUGCAGUAAUGCUUCCUAAUAAUAAUGAUUAUGAUGGACGAGAGGAAGAGAUGAAAGGAAAAAUUGGGGACAAGGAUUGUUACACCCUUUAUUCACAUAACUGCACCAAUGAAACCAUGUAAGCCAAUAAAUGAGCCCCAAUUCAGCAGCCUGGAGAAUCUGCUCAGGUAAAUUUAUUUGGAAUAUAUCUCUUUGGAUGGGAGGCAAAUGAUCUACUUAUAAUUAUGCUAAUGAAUAUGGAUUAUUUAGUAAAUUGAGGAGUUCAAUUUAAAAUGGUAUAUGAUACCUCUUUAUUGAAGUAAAAGGCAAAUGAAUUC